AUGGGUCAACACGCAUUUGGCUUUGCAGAGACUAGAGAUGUGCCCUCGAAGAAAAAGACGAGUGACUUUGGGAUUGUCGCUUUUACCAAAGUCCCACCCUACACUCAUUCGGUGGCUGGGGUGGCAAGAGUGAAAGCUGGACUUCUUCAACUCUCCAAGCUCCUCUACGUCUGGUGCGAAAACGUACGAAUACUGUUGGACUUCAGCAGCCGGACCAUGAAUAUGCACGCUAUGCAAAACUACCAGGUCAAUGCUUGUCCAAAUUCAGUACCGCCUUUUGGGAAUAUAACAAUUGGUGCCGUCGCCAAGAUCAGAGUGAAGGUUCCAUGGCCAGCAGCCUUCGAGGAUGGAGGUGCGCGUGUGUUCCUGGAGAAGUUAGAGGAUGUGGCGGAGCUUGCCGGAAUACGGACGCAUCGCGGCAAGUUGACGGCCCUCGGAGCGCUCCUCAAGGGUCGUGCGCGGGCAGUGUUGGACGCCGCACGAAGAGGCCCGGAGAAAAUGGAGUGGGCCGCCGCGAAGGACGUCCUGAUCGCGGGCUUUGACACCCCGGCCGACCACCAGGAGGCACUCCGUCGCAACACCGACGCAGUUAGGAGUCGGUGUGGACACACUUUCGCAUGCCGUGGCCCUGCGUGGGCUAUUGGAUCGCACACUACCGACAUUGGACGAGAAUGCUCGCUCGGAACUACUCCUCGACCGUUUCACAGAGAGCCUCUCGGAUGA